AUGCCUGGCGCUCCGUGGCGAUCUCAAGGAUGCAACACAUGCCGAAAGAGGAAGGUCAAGUGUGACCUUCAACGACCCGAGUGCGCUCGAUGUCUGCGGGGUGGCCAUCAUUGCAAGGGUUAUGAUCGAACAGCCAAAUUCAUCCAUACAUUUGUGGAACCCAAUGAUCCACAGACGCUUGAGAUUCAGCAAAAGCCAAAGAGAUCCAGGAACAAGUUACAGCCGCCACCCGCUAAUGUUCCUACAAUCGUCGUCGUCAAUGUAAAUGCUCAGAUUCGGUCUCAAUUAUUUUCGGUAUUCAUUGAUUCCUACGUACCGUCUUCCGCCUCGGGACAGAUCUCAUUUCGAUGCCAAAGAUCGUCCAAUUUGAUCGAGUCUUUCCCAUCAUUAAUGGAUCGACCGAGGAGUCAACUACUAGACAGAGCAAUUGCGGCCCUUGCAUCGGUUUUUGUGGGGAAGAAAUUCAACGAUGAGCGAAUGAUCAAUAACGGAAUCAGAAUCUACAACCAAGCCAUACAAAUCUUCGUUCGUUUGAUACCGCGCUCGGACCUUCCUGUUCAGGAGGUUCUCUGCGCCAACCUUGUAUUCCAACUAUACGAACUUAUUAACUGCUCAUCUGGGUUUUCUGGGUGGAUGGCACACAUGGAGGGUGCCAAUGCCGUUCUCGCUCGACAUCAUCAGAAACUGGAAGGAGACCAGAUGUCCAAGAUGCUGCUACGUCACCUGAAACUGGCAAAUAUCUUUCAUGCAAUUGGAAAAUCCAAAUCUGCUCUAGCCUCUUGUCCGAUGUGGCAAAUGCUAACACCCCUCGAAAAUGACAACGACCUGAUCGACGAGAUCAUCGAUAUUCUAAUGCAUUGUACAGUCCUUGUAGAGCUUGUGGGUGGUGCGCGAUCUGAGCGGGAGACUCGAAGACUGAAGAAAUUAUGCUGGAGACUAAAACACCGGACCGAUUCGUGGUACGAACAAUUACGAUCAUUAUUCGGAGAUCCCCUCUAUACAAGCAUUCCAGACGAAACCGAUAUUGCUCGUUCUGGAAGAAUUAAAGCAAUUUAUACCAGUCGAUACCAAUUUCCCGCCGUGGAGAUUGCCGAAGCACAUUCCCUCUACUGGGCAGCUCAACUUAUCACCUAUUCCCUCCUUUUUGGACUCGAGCUCCUUGGGGGAUCCUUCGCCCAGCACGGAACACCCCUCUCUAUCCAAUCAGGAUAUCCAAGCAACACAAACUCCAAAGAGUCUGAGCUAUACAUGGAAGAGGCUGAAUUCUGCGCUGAUCAGAUCUGCCGUGGCGUGGCGUAUUUGAUACAACCAGACAUGCACAUACUCGGCGGAGAGAAUUUGCUCUUCCCGGUAGCUAUGGCUGCCCAGUUCUUCCAUGGAAACGGAUUCCAUGAUAAGUACGAAUGGUGCCAGGAAGUUUUUAUUGCGUUGGAGUCCCUUGGGAUAGGUCUCUCUCACGUGUUGCAGGGAACACCAUGGUCAGACUAUAAAUCCGGCCAAGCAAGAACAUUAUAA